AUGGUGGCAAGCGGAUAUCGUGUCGGGAUGCGUCUAAUUACUACUGCACUUCGACUUCUUGAGCCUCGUGUCGACGACGACUUUGUUGACCGUCUUCACUACCUCUACACUUCAACAAUCAUCUUCUUGUUCGCCAUACUGGUUUCCGCUAAACAAUAUGUAGGAAAUCCAUUAGAAUGCUUUGUACCAGCACAAUUUACCCGAGCCAUGGAGCAGUAUACAGAAAACUAUUGUUGGGUACAGAAUACCUAUUGGGUACCAUUUAAU